AGGUCUCCUUGUAAGUGUCGUGACGUCAUCAACAGUACAGUAUUGCCAAACGUGAGUUUUCAACAUGGAACAUGAGGUGGAGCUGAUAGCUGGAAGUUAUGAACAAAUUGUUUUUGGAUAUAAGGUGGACAUAGGUGAAAAGGAAUGGUCGCUGAAGGCUGACUUCACGCAUCACUCACACACAGCAUCUUUGUCUGCUCUCGCCGUCAGCGACAGAUUCGUUGCAACGGGCAGCAAAGACGAAACCAUCCAGUUGUACGACUUGAAAAAGCGUGUCGAACACGGCGUAUUGCUUCAUCACGACGGUACAAUUUCAUGUCUGGAGUUCUAUGGCGCUUCUCACUUGCUGAGUGGAGGAGAGGAUGGGCUUCUGUGUGUCUGGAGUACCAAGAAGUGGGAGUGCCUGAAAACCAUUAAAGCUCACAAGGGUCAUGUCACAUCUCUGUCUGUGCAUCCGUCAGGAAAACUCGCCCUGUCUGUGGGAACGGAUAAGACCCUCAGGACAUGGAAUCUUAUAGAUGGCCGAUCAGCAUUCAUCAAAAACAUAAAGCAAAAUGCACAUAUAGUCAUGUGGUCCCCUGCUGGAGAUAAGUACAUUGUGGUUGUGAAUGGUAAAAUAGAUAUUUACAGCGUAGAGACUGCAUCAGUGACUGCAACCAUAACAAACCCAAAGAGAAUCUCCUCUGUGAAGUUUCUGAAUGAUGUCAUUCUGGCAGUUGGAGGCGAUGAGGAGACUGUGAGGCUGUAUGACAUCGGCACUAAGAAGAGCAUCUGCGAGUUCAAGGCCCAUGAGAACAGAGUGAAAGCACUGGACAGUUUCACAGUGGAGGAUUACUGUGUCCUUGUGUCAGCCUCAAAUGAUGGAUUCAUCAAAAUUUGGAAACUUCAUCUUGAUCAGGUGCUGGAGCCACCAGCCCUCCUGGGGGAGGUGAACAGCACAGCGAGGUUAACCUGCCUGGCGGUGUGGCGGCCAGGCCCGCUGCAAGAGUCCACAGGAGAAGGGAAAGUGCAGGCCUCAACCUCCCAAGCCACGGAAUGUGAACUAGAGCCCACAAAAACAAAGAGGAUCAGGAUUUCUACAGAGGAAGUGGUAAUUGAAGACGACAGCUGCACCAAGAAGACAAAAAUGGAAAAUAUCAAAAAGAAAAAGCAAAAAACAAAAUAAAGCUGUGCCUGUUUUAAAA